ACGCCCCCCACUCUCGACCGCCAGUCCGAGUUCAUUCGCCGCUUCGUAAAGUCGCCGUUGUCAACCCCGCUCCGUUGACGCGCGAAAUUUUUUUUACGAUUUCAGUGACAAUUCCAACUUAACAUAACGUUAAAUCUUGUGUUUGUGUGUGAACCUUUCUGCAACUGUUACUAUUGGAAGUGUUCGGUGUGGUACCGUGAGUGUAAUUGUGGUCACAGGUGUCGCAUUCCAGGGACGACUCAGACUCCGGACCCGGCACGGGCAGGUGGACCGCUAGACAACCCUAUUUUAACUAUUAAAAAAUGGCGUCACGAUUAUGAGAUCAAAGCAGCAACUUUUAGAUGGAACUCUGUGACACAUAAUUUGAGGAAUGAGAACACGCCGGUGUCAUAAUUUUUGCUGAAAUGGCGCGGUGGUGCGCGCUUAUUCAGCAUGGACAACCGAUUUGGCUUCUUCUGCUAUAUCUGUUACACACGGCACAAGCGACACCUGGUCCAUGUGAAGUGGAAACGGGACAGUCCAGUAUUAUUGUCGACAUAGAAGAAAGUAGGGGGAGCCAAGUCAACCAAAGCACAAUACCGCCGCAUCUUCCCAUAGUAGGCGAACCAGAUGUGGAUGUCCUGCUAUCAACAGUAUUCCCGAAGGGCCCAACGUUGUUUGAACUGGAUGGCAAGAGGCUACAACUUCUUCAGCCCCUUGACAGGGAUGCUGAUAAUUUGUCACAUAUGGUGUUUCAGUUGGUGUGUCAGGUGAAAGCUACCAAGAAACGGCGGACGAUACCGGUGAUAGUUCGAGUAUCGGAUAUAAACGACAACGCGCCCAUCUUCCAGAAUACCCCUUACGUAGCCAAUGUGUCUGAGCUGGUACCAAUCGGGACAACAAUCUUCGACGGCAUCAAAGCUUUGGACAUCGACGCUGGCGUCAAUGGCUUAGCAGAGUACUUCAUAAUACCAGGGGAUAACAAGACGUUAGAAGCGGACAACGCUGUUGAUGGUUAUACGUAUUUUACAAUACCGCUCCCUCAUCAAGGCCAAGUGGCGGUAAACCGGAGCUUGGACUAUGAACGCACGCAGAAGUAUCUAGUCACUAUUGUUGCUUCUGACCGUGCUCGUGAUACCAAAAGAAGACUGUCUAGUACUACCACGUUGACGGUGAACGUUAAAGAUGAUGAUGAUCAGGAUCCGUCUUUCAUUUACAAGGGCUGCACGCUUCACGAAGGAGCUUGCUUCCAUCCAGAGUACACAAGCUAUGUUAACAGCGGCGUCCUAGCAGGUAUCCUAACGAUAGAACCUGAGAAGAUCCAAGCAGUUGAUAUGGAUACUUUGGAUGCUCGAAUCCGGUACAGCAUUGACAGUGGUGAACCUGAUUCUUGGUCUACGUAUUUCGCUAUAGACCAAGUCACGGGAGCAGUGAGACAGCUUAAAGCUGUAGAUACUAGUAUCGCGAAGAAAUUCGACUUAAUCAUAAGAGCGGAGGAAGUCUCAGAAGGCAAAAGAUUUACAACAGCCAAGCUUACUGUCACAGUCAGACCAGUAGAUGCCAGUCCUCCAGUUGUAGAAGCUUCGGCUGACGAAGGAGAAGUGGAAGAAAAUUCGCCGAAAGGCACAAAGGUUCUGGACGAAGAGGGUGAACCUAUAAGAUUGUCGGUCUCAGACCCCGAUUUGGGACCCGAUGACCCAGUGCCAAGAUACACAUUUGAACUUACAAACAAUUUCUUCAAUAUCGACGAAGAAGGAUAUCUAGUGGUUGCGGAUGAACAUUUGGAUCGAGAUCCGCCAAAUCCUGGCAAAUUUCGAUUUCAGGUGGUGGCUCGAGAAGUAAACGGUGGAGCGGCGUCUGCGCCACUAUCGCUAGCGGUAAAACUUCUAGACGUCAACGACAACGCGCCAACAAUUCCGAAGACCCAACCUAUUAAUGUACCUGCAAAUUUGGAGCCUUCACCUGUUUAUAAGGUGGACGCAACAGACAUCGAUGAGGGUGAGAACGCACGUAUAACGUACAGCAUUUAUCACGUAUCUAACAACGGUGGCAACAAAUUCACUAUUGAUCCUAACACUGGAGUUAUAUCGAGCACUGGUCGUCUGCAAGCAGGAGAGCAGUACAGCAUUACAGUAAAAGCUAUGGAUAUGAAAGGGCUGAGUUCCCAGGGUAUCGUGGAACUGAGUGUGGCACCCGGACCUAAUACACGGCCUCCUCAAUUUUCAUCUAGAGACUACUUCGCGCCUGUGUCCGAAGGGGCCGCUAUUAAUUCUACGGUUACGACCGUCACAGCUAAAGAUCCAGAAAAUGAACCGGUAACAUACUCCAUUGUAUCUGGUAAUGAUCUACGUCAGUUCGGAAUCGGCUCUACCACAGGAAUCAUUACUGUCAUCAGAAGAUUGGAUAGAGAAGUUCUUACGCGGUAUCAAUUGAUGGUGAGAGCCGAGGAUCCGGGUAAACUUUCCAGUACAGCAACUGUCAACAUUAAAGUCACGGAUAUAAAUGAUAACAACCCUAAAUUUGAUGAAGAUUCGUAUCUGUUCCACGUGGAUGAAGGUAAAGCAGGUGAAGUCGUUGGCUAUGUUCAUGCUUCGGACGCAGAUGAAGGAGUCAAUGCUAUGGUCAGCUACAGCAUACCAAAUCAUCUUCCUUUCGUGAUUGAUAACGGAACUGGUAUGAUCAGUACGAAUACGAAACUUGACUAUGAGCAAACUAAGGAAUAUGCCUUUGUAGUAACAGCAACUGACGGCGCGAUAGACAAGAGAUUGGGUACAGCAUCAGUCACGGUACAAGUCCAAGAUAUUCCCGAUGAGCCUCCAGUCUUUCCUCAGACGUUAUACUCCGUACAUGUACCAGAAAACAUGCCUAAUUAUCCUGUUGCUAAAGUUCAUGCUGAUGAUCCAGAUACAGUCCCAGAAAUCACCUACACUAUAUUGAUGGGAGAUACAGAAUUAUUUUCAAUCGAUCGCAAGACUGGUAUGAUUAGGACACUAAAACCUUUAGACAGGGAGAUGACUGCAAGACACGAACUUACUGUAGGCACAGAAGAAAAUGGUGAAGAAAAACCUGGUUCCACUACUACAGUUGAAGUUCUUGUAGAUGACAAAAAUGAUAACGCACCAAUAUUCACCUCCGUUGUUCGACCUGUUACAAUUGAAGGUUCUUCAUCAAUUGGCACUUUAGUUGAAACAGUAACAGCUGUCGAUUCAGACGCUACUGCUCCUAAUAACAGAGUAAGGUACAAGUUGGUUGGAAGAGGGAAAGCGUCAAAGUACUUCCAUAUAGAACCUGACACGGGAGCUGUAAGAGUCAGAGAUGAUUUGAGGAAAGAAACUGAUAGUGAAUAUACGGUGGAUGUUCAAGCUUACGAUCAAGGCGACCCGAUAAUGUCUUCAGUUUCCAGCCUAACAGUUUAUGUCAGCCAUUCUGCUACCGUUCCACCAGAUGUUGGACUUGGCUUUGCCGAUACAGUCUACACGGAACAUGUAGCAGAAAAUUCACCAAAUGGUACAUUAGUGAGGGUACUGCCUCUUUUGAACAAGAGGGAACAUUCGCCAGAUACUCCUUUGAAAUGUAAACUGACUGACUCAUCACAAAAAGGUGUCUUCUAUGUUAAACUGACAGAUGACCGAGACUGCGCGAUUUACCUCAACACCAGUUCUUUAGAUUAUGAAACCCUUUCUGAAUACUCACUAGAAGUUCAGUUAGAAUCAAUACAAGGACUGAUCAACCCUGAAAGCAGUAAAGCCGUUAUAAAAGUUCACGUAACAGAUGCCAAUGAUAAUGCCCCAGUGUUUGUAUUCCCCGAGCAGUCGACGAUCGCUGGAGCAAAAGGAAAGUACUAUGCGAUUGUUACGAAAGAUAUGUUGCUGGGAACAAAUGUUUUGCAAGUCAAGGCAAAAGACAAAGACAGUGGUGACUACGGCAAAUUGGAAUAUCACAAGAACUCUUGGACGAAAGCUGCAGAAGAUUACUUUAGUCUAGAUGCUGAUACAGGUGUCAUCAGUAACACUAAAACUUUCGAGAAUGUUCCUCAAGACCUCCUGCCUUUCAAAUUUAGUGUGACAGCUCGAGACAAUCCGAAUUCCCCACAAGACUAUAAUAUUGCUAGAGUUUCUGUUGUCAUAAAUCUUUUAAGCAAGGAUAAUCAAUUGGUGGUAGAAGUAGCAGACUUAAACGCAGACGCCAUGCGCCGACGAUCCCGUAGUCUUCUUUCGGCCGUUGAAGAGAAGACUGGUUUUGUAGCAGGAUUGGAAAAACUAACGGCAAGACAUUUCUUGGGAGAGAAUGGAACGCUAGAGAGUGAUACUAAAGGAACUGAUGUGUGGUUAUACCUCGUUGAUCCGAACUCGGGAAAGAUUUUGACAAGAGACUCGCAACCGGUCAAAAAGGCUAUCGACAGUGGCAUACGAAAAGCUGUAGCAGCUAGACUUCAAUCUGCAGUAAGCGAAGUGAGAGCUCCGUUGAUUCCUGUAGAAACGCCAAGAAGACCAGCGGUUGCUGUUGCCCCUCUUGCCACAGCCCUUCCAGCAGCUUUGCUCGCCUUGGCAGCAUUAGUGUUAGUUGCUGCAAGCGCUGCAACUAUUUAUAUCUGCGCUUCUUGGAACAGAUACAAAAGGCAUAAAGAACAAGCUGUGCAACAAUAUGGAACUCUCAGUAUGAGCAUGCCACCACCACGACCGCCUUCAGGAUAUGAGUCGAGUGAAGAUGAACCUGCUCCCAGAUAUGAGACACAGGUUCUAAACAUGGCAGUGGAAGAUGCAGACUUACAGCUAGAUUUCAGUCCAAAUAACCACGCAUUCAACAUUCAUAGCGUGCAAUAUUUGUCUAAGGAUAAUGGCGAACGCAGUCCUACAUUAUCCGAGACAGCUACAACAGCCCGAGCGUCAAGCGUGAACGAAAACGGUGGCACACUCAACAAUAGCCAGCUGUUCGACACUAUCGCUAACAAUGCAUCCGUUACUCGCAAUACACAGACACUCAACAGACGAGUGCCAAAUAACCACGCAUUGAACAACGCUCUAGGCACCUUACCUAGAGUAAACAAUAAUACAGUCGGGGGUAUAGCCACCACGCUUGGAAGGAAAAUAAACGGUGGAAAUAAUCAUAAGAAGAAAGCCACUCAGCCUAUUAUGGCGUAUGAUGAGAUACCUGGAUUACAAAGGGCAUCGGAUAACGAAAACGUGACAUUUGGCAAGAGAAAUUUCACAGGUUUCAGUUACGACCAAUCGCCAGUGGAAACUACCACCGAACUAUAGUCACAAGUGUUAACUAUUUUGUCAAGUGUUUUAUGUGCAACGUGAUAUAAAGACUUCUAUCUAUUCAUACCGUUUUACCCAUUGCCUGGUUGCAGGGAAGAGACACAAGUGAUAAAUAAUAUCCGUCCAGAUUGGGAACUUAUUAGAGACUAGAGAAAGGCUGUUUUAAAAACUUACACCAUGUUUGACAAAAUGACGACAUCACGUAAUUUUUUUAUGUUCCAACAGACUUCUUUUACUCAAGAGCCAUGUUUGUCGUAGUAUUAUCCAUUUAUCUCUAUCGAAAGUAUAGUUUUUGACUUCUUUACUAGACAGGAUGUUUAUGUGUCUACACUCAGCGGGAUCCCCUGUCUGGGAGACAUAAGAGUGAUGCAGAGAAUUAGAUCUGAAUUUGUUCUACUGAAUUAUGCUGAAAACAGAAUUUGUUCCGUUAAAAAAACGGAAAUACAAAGUUUUCUAACCGACCUCCAGCCAGCGGGAUAUUUCCCAAAGUUAAGUCUGAUGAAGUAUAAAUUGGUAUUAACUUUUAGAUCUGUAUUUAUUCUGUUCAACAAAACAAAAAAAAUAGUUCAAGCUGCAAUGAAACCUCCAGUCGACUGACCCAGACUGGAGGUUUCAUUGCAGCUUGAUUGUAGCUGAAGUAAGGAUGUCAGAACUAUUUUUUUUGAACAGUUUUGUUGAACAGAAUAAAUACAGAUCUAAAAGUUAAUACCAAUUUAUACUUCAUCAGACUUACCUUUGGGAAAUAUCCCGCUGGCUGGAGGUCGGUUAGAAAACUUUGUAUUUCCGUUUUUUUAACGGAACAAAUUCUGUUUUCAGGAUAAUUCAGUAGAACAAAUUCAGAUCUAAUUCUCUGCAUCACUCUUAUGUCUCCCAGACAGGGGAUCCCGCUGAGUGUAGACACAUAGGAUGUUUGACUUCUCUUUAAUUUGUUCCAUGUAAGCUCUCAUCUUCCUCUUUACCCUUAGAAGCUAUUCAUUUAGUUUUAACUACUAAAAUAGAUUGAAGUAUCACAUAUUUUAAUGUGCCACCUAUUUCGUGAUGUCGUUCUAUUUCAGUUGUUUUCUUUUUGAGCUAGAUACUUUUGAAUAGCCUUUGGCACUACUUCUCUCGCACGGUUAUUACUUCACUUACGUCAUAGCUUUGGGCCGAGGAUUUUUACGUCACUGUUUGACUUAAGAAGGUAAUUAUUCUGUGACGUAAGUGAGUUAUGACUGUAAGCUAUUGAGUAGCAUGAUCGCCUUUUCAGGACAGUUUUAUAUUGUAGUGAUUCCAUGUUUGGAAAACGAUUUUAUAGAAAGUAUAGUGUAGAUAUAUUUAAUUUCAGUCCUCUCUCGGUGUCUAGAGAUUAAUUUGAGAUGCGUAGCAUAAUUUUGUGUUCAACGAAAGAUUUAUUUUAACAAUGGAAUACGACUGAAUUUGCUUCAAAAAGUAGUAUUUAAUUUGUAUAACGAAUUUUUAGAUAAUUUUUGUACGUAAUAGUACUUACUUAGCGAAGGCUAGUCUCUGAUGUUGAACAAAUUGUGCAUAAUAAAUGAUAAUAAUUUUAUUAUGAUGUGUAAAUAAUGAGGCAUUACGCGAUGAUGUAUAUUUUAAGGUACCUGAAGUGUAAUUGCAGGUACAAAAUAUCUGUUCUUUGUAUACAAUUUUUGGUUUGUGUGGCCGAUACUGUGCCAUUCUUAUAUUCGAUAUCUUUGCGAAUAUUCCGAAUACAGUCUCCUCGAAAAGGUUUCUUAACUGUACUCAAGUAUUUUAUUGAUUCUCAUUUUUAUUUUCUUUUUUAUACGAAUUUUGUGCCAGUUAACUAUUAAAACUGUAUAGGAUGUUAUGUAGUUUGGUUAGUAUUUUGUAUUCCAGGUUAAAAUAUUGUGUUCACAAUAUAAAUUAUUCAGAUUCAAACUAUUAAACAGCUAUUAUGUUAAAAAUUAUAAAUAACUUAUCUUUGAAUAUUCGUUGUGUAUGAAUGCGCAUAUUUAAGAAAAUAAAUUAUAUUUUAGCAUAAUAAAUUGAACAAUGCUCAGAUUUUUAGAUUUCUUUUUAUUUUGGCUCCAAAAUAAUAGUGCCAAACUUAACUAACAAAAAUUUAUCGAGUUUUUACAUCUCGUAUUUAUUCUAUUGGCUAGGGACCACAAAAUGUUACCUAUAAAUAAUUUCCAUUGUAAAAUAAUGUCUGUAAAUUUUAAAAUAUUAUUAUAUAUUUUCUUUAUGAAAAUUACAUAUUGUAUU